GAGGCAGUAUUACAACUUUUUAUAUAGAGUAUAUAUAGAGUCAGGCAGUAUUAUUUUGUAAUAAAUUAUUUUAUUCUUAGUUUUUCAUUGUAGAAGUAUGAGCUGAGAAAUUAAUGAAUAGCAUAAUAUGAAUUUGAAUGAAUUAUGUCAGUAUUUAAAUGCGUGGGACAAUUCUUCUACUAAAUCAAGACUUACAAUACUAAAAACAUUCAUUGAUGAGUAUAAAGGAAAAACUUCAUCUGAGCUUGAAGUUGCUUUUGCUAAUGUUCCUAAAUUGUUUUUUACUAGAUUGUUGUCGUGGUGGAAAGUUUCUUACCUUACAUGCAGUUCACCAUGUGUUCAACUUAAAGCAAUCAGGGUUUUUGUUUGUGCGUAUGGAGGGAAUAUAUUCUUAGUCGAUUUUAUUGAUAUUGGAGGGAUAAAUAUGCUGCUCGAAAUUCUAUUACUUAAUAAUGAGGAAAAGAAAAUUGAAUCUUUAAAUCUAUUGAUGGUUAUUGCUAAUAAUGGACUAAAAUACAAAGAAAUUAUAUGCAAAAAUCAUGGUCUUCAAAUUUUAGCUGGGUGUUUACAAGCAUCAAUAAACCAAAACUGUCAAGUAGGAUGCCAUGCUUUGCUCCAAGAUUUAGCAACAACUUGUUCUAAAUAUGAGAAAAAAAUCUUUAAAACAAUGGUUUCUCUUCUGAAAUCAACAUCGACAGAUGCACAGUUCUCCGCUGCUCAAAUUAUACAGAACAUGCAACCUAGUCAAGUACAAAAGACUGUUAUCAAUCCAUGUAUUGCCUUGCUAGGAUCAGUAAAUUUGAAAGUUCAAUAUGAAACAUGCAAUCUUGUAAAGUUUUUAGUUUCCAUUGAAAAUAUUCAAGACGACAUUCUGUUCAGUAUAAUUUCAGUUUUAAAAUCUGGGAUUGAGACAACUGAUGGAUCAAUAAAUUCAUUGUUGUUUGUACAACUUACUGCUGCAGCAAAGAUCAUUGGUGUGAUAGCAAAAGAUACAAAAAUAGCUGAGAAGCUUCUGGCGCUCGGUUGCAUUAAUUUUCUUUUGAAUGCGCUUAAUUAUAAACAUUUCGAAGGUCGGAAUCAUGUUAUUGAAGCAUUAAAGAACUUCAAAGAUGUUAAAACAAAACAAACUUUUGAUACAAUCGAAGAUCAAGUGUUUGCAAUAGAGAAAACAUCAAUUCUGAAACAUUAAAUGAUAAAUUUCUUAAUCGUUCUUUUGGACAAAAACAAGUUUUCUACUCAAGUUACAUGUUGCCGAUUUUACAUUUAAAAAGAAAUCCGAAGUUAAAAUUGUUUUUUGACAUUAUUUUUUUCAUUUCUUUAUUUUUUUAUUUACAAAGACCAUA